AUGGAAGAAGAUGUGAAGCUAAUAGGGUUUUGGCCAAGCCCAUAUGUUUACAGAGUGAUAUGGGCUCUAAAGCUCAAGGGUGUGAAAUAUGAGUACAUAGAAGAAGACCUUUCAAACAAGAGUGAAUUGCUUUUGCAGCUCAACCCAGUUCACAAGAAGGUCCCGGUGCUUGUUCAUCGCGGCAAACCGAUUGCUGAGUCCCCUGUCAUCCUUGAAUACAUCGAAGAAACUUGGCCGGGGAAUUAUCGUCUGCUGCCUCAAGAUGCUCACGAAAGAGCCUCCGCGCGGUUUUGGAUCCAAUUUUAUGUGUAUCAGGUUCCCAUUUUUGGUGCAUUCUUCGGAUUAAGUGCCGGGGAAGAGCGAGAAAAGACAAUAAAAGCAGUAUUGGAAACCCUGAAAAUAUUGGAAGAGCAAAGCCUCGGAGACAAGAAGUUUUUUGGGGGUGAAACUAUAAGCUUGGUAGACAUAACACAUGGUUGGUUGCCUCACUGGUUUGAGGCCAUUGAAGAAAUGGUUGGUGUCAAGGUUCUGGAGGCAAGCACUUUGCCUCGGCUGCAUGCAUGGGUUCAGAAUUUCAAGCAAGUUCCUGUGAUCAAAGACAACCUUCCUGACUACCAAAAAUUGCUGGCCCAUAUGACACGCCUGAGGAAAUCUCGUGUCCCUGAUCAAGUCUGA